AUGAGGAGCCCUGAUGCAAGAAAGCGAUUCAGGACUAAAUUUACUCAACAUCAAAAGGAAAGAAUGUUCGAAUUUGCUGAAAGAGUUUGGUGGAAAUUGCAGAAGCGAGAUGAAGAGCUGAUUAGCGAGUUUUGCAGAAAAAUAGGAGUAGAAAAACGCGUUCUUAAGGUAUGGAUGCACAAUAAUAAGAAGAAUGCUACUUUGGGCAACAGAUAUCAGCAACCCGCUGCAACGACCAACGGGACAGCCACAGCAGACAUAUUGCCUGAAUGCCUCAUUCAAAAAAUACUUUGUUAUCUUAGUUAUAAAGAAGCAGCCAAUAAGAGCAUUCUCUCCAAAACAUGGCUGCAAGCCUGGUUGAGUCUUCCCGACUUGAAAUUUGCAGCUGCUUAUUUCAAAGGCAAUACAAAAGUAGUUGAUAAUAUCAUGGAGAGAUAUAGGGUCAGGAAAAUCCCCAUAGAAAAGUUUGAAUUAUCAUACUCUGGUUUUUCUUUCCCUCUGAUUUAUAAGUGGCUUUACAGUGCACUUCAAAAUGGUAUAAAAGAAGUAGUGGUUAGAGAUACUCGUGACUUUUUCCUAUCAUUCCCUUUUCCUUUUCCUAUUUUCAAAGUCUUGGCAGCAAAAUCUUUAAGAGAACUGGUUUUGAGUGGUUGUGAUCUGAUCUGUGUUUCAUUAUCGAGUGGUGUGUCGAACUGUCAUUCUUUGAGAAAGCUUUCUCUAUCUAUGGUCCGUUUAGACGAUAACAUGCUUCAAACUCUACUUAACAGUUGUCCCUUGAUUGUCAGUUUCAUCCUUGAGUAUUGUUAUGGGUUGGAAAAGAUUGAGCUGUUUAAUCUUCAAAAGAUAAAAUCUCAAUCCCUGAAGGUCUUAGAGAUUCGGGAUUGUAAGGGCAUAGGGGAGAUUGAUUCUUCAAAUUUGGUAUCACUUGAGUAUAUGGGAAAUAAAAUUCCUGAACUUAAAAUGGCAAGUGAGUCAAGCCAAUUGAAGAACUCAAAAAUAUUUCUUAAAUGCUUCAAGAAUUUAAAUGCUGCAUGGUUUUGUAAGUUGAGGAAGUUUCUAUCAAAUUCUAUCUCUUGGUCUCAAGUUUCCCUUUAUUUUUCUAAAUGCAAAAAGAUCGACAUGAAAGAUUUGCAACUGCACCAUGGAGUUGCUACCCCCCAAGUGGACGUUUUGAAUGUCGAUUUUACAUGGCGGAUUGGGGAGUCCCCCACGUUUGUGGAUGCUUUGCUAUGGAGUUGUCAUCCAAGGAGACUCAACCUAUGUUCAACAAGAGUAACGUUUACAUGCUUCGUUAAUCGUCUGAUGUAUAUGAAGAAUUUGAGUCACUCUCCUUCUCAUGAAAACGAGCCUUGGCAUAGUCAAUUAAAAGAAGUAAAAGUCUACAAACUUGAUAAGAAAAGUCAGAGUUGGUAUCCUGUAGAACUCAAAAGUGGAGAGCUCUCGAUAAAGACCGUUAGUGAGAGGGAGAAAUAUUUCUUUUUGUUAGAUUGGUGAUGCAGUUUAUUCUAUUGCAAAUUAAAUGCCCUUAUUCAUAGGAGUAUAGGACUGCACUUUAUUUUUUCUUUAUUUCUCACACUGUGCUAAAUAGAGCUCCUGAACCAGAUUCCACCGCUUUUAAAGAUAAACAAAAGCUGUAAAAGUACACUAAAAAAUAAGUGUUCGUUUGUUUCAUCAGCAUCUUGGCGCAGGUAACAUUGAUGUAGUUAUAGCACCGUAUAUUUCUCUUUUACUAAGCCAAUAUAAACCAAGGAACUCUCGUUUACUUCUUCUGAGAAGCUCAUUACAAGCUUAGCCCUGUACUCUGAAUCAGGCAGCAAACUGUUUUUCAUCAAAUAUAUGGAAAGAGCUUUACUUCUUUUAGUCUUCUAUCAUGAGGAUCAGAGGGUCUUUUGCAGUCGUAAAAUUUGAUGUUGGUUUAACUUGCCUAAGAUCAGAAUAUGGU